CUCGUAGCCGCGGCUAAAGGGAGAGAGAACCUUGGCAUCGGCGUUGGUGUUCUCAUCAGUGGUGUGUGCCAGGAGAGACGGACCGAAUAGCCGACAGUAGUUUCCUCGCAGUGAUCUCCAGACCACGAUUGAUCUUCCUCAGAAACACACCACACCGUGUGCCCUGGAUCCUGCCUCUAGAUUCCUGCGAGCUACUUUUUGUUUUUAUUAAAAAACAACGGAAUUCGAGGGUGAGAUUCUGAGGGGGUGGUCUCUGGAGCAAGAAGUGGUCGCGGUUUCUCGCUGUUUUUCCUUUCUUCGGGAUUUACACUUUCAUCGGUUCUUUUUUGUACCUGCAUUCGCAACAGACCCGUUCAUUAGAAACCAGGAAACAUGUCGGGGAUCGUCGAGUGGUACAAAGAUAUUAUGUACAAUAAAAAUGAUCCGAGAACGAGCGACUGGUUUUUGGUAUCGAGUCCAGGCUCGUUGCUAGUGAUCCUCGUCAGUUACGUUUACUUCUGUACGUCAGCUGGGCCAAGGUACAUGAAGGACAAGAAACCGUACGAACUUAGAAAUCUCAUGAUCGUUUACAACUUUGUACAAGUGGUGUUGAGCUGUUACCUCUUCUACGAGGGUUUGAUGAGCGGUUGGCUGUUCGACUACAAUCUCAAAUGUCAGCCAGUCGAUUACUCGGAUAAUCCACAGGCUAUAAGGAUGGCGAACGGAGUGCACUUCUAUUUUGUCUGCAAGCUGAUUGAGUUGUUAGACACCGUGUUCUUCGUUCUCCGUAAAAAGAAUCGACAGAUUUCAACGCUGCACGUGUUUCAUCACACGCUGAUGCCGAUUUGCGCGUGGAUCGGUGUCAGAUGGCUGCCCAACGGCCACGGAACCUUCUUAGGUGUCAUCAACGCGUUCGUCCACAUCAUCAUGUACACUUAUUACAUGUUGUCCUCGAUAGGGCCGUUCAUGAACAAGUACCUUUGGUGGAAGAGGUACUUGACGGUAUUGCAGCUGGUCCAGUUCUGCAUGAUCUUCGUCCACAGCACUCAAAUCUUAUUCAACGGCUGCAAUUUCCCAAAAUCGUUAUCGUUCCUGCUGUCGUUGAACGCGAUCAUCUUCAUCUACAUGUUCAGCUCGUUCUAUGUCGAGAAUUACUUGAAAAACAAGAGAAAGAACGAGGCCAACGGGACGAUAAAGGGCAAAGCGGAAUGAGCUGAUCAUAAAAUUUGUUCCCUGCUCGUUUCUUCUUUAUUACGAAGGAACAUACGCGUUUCGUUAGGCGGUUCUUUACCCGCUUCGAACGAUCGCGUUCUUGUUAAAUAGCUCUCCACAGACGAGACGGAUUCGGUGGAAUCUUUAUUGUCGAUUUUUCACCUUUUAGUCAUUUCUAUUAUACUUUCUUUCGUUCGCUUUGUCCGUACUGAAGAAUUCGAAUCUCGUGCGCGCGUCAAGCUGGCGCCACCACGUUUGGAUCAGAAAAUCGGUAACGUCGUAGGCCCAACGCGUCGAUAAUAGAGAUAUCGUUCAAUCACACAUAAAAAUUCUUAACGAAUCGACAAUAAUGUUCGUAAUUGUUCCGUGAUAACGUGUUAUGCAGUUCCCAUUUGUUUUAUACCAGUGCACGUAAUACGUUUAGGUGUCGCGCGAAAAAUCGACGUUUCUUCGAGUAAUUCGAAAGGCGCGUCUCCGGCUAAGUACCAUCGCGGACAAGCUAAAAAAUCAUUAGACAUCGAUAGUAAAUAGCGUAAUGUUUUCACAUUUCUCGCAUUAUCUCGUAGAAGUGUUAUUGCGCAAGAGCAAAUCCACAAUAGAGUACAAAUUCAUUUCGACUAGAAAGUAAUUUCAUGUAACAAGAGAGGAGAAUUAUAUUUAUGCUAGAAUAAUUUUUUGGAUACUUGACUCGUUUAUUUAGGAUUCGAACAAACUUCAUUAUACACAGGUAAAUUGUGUUGUCGUAUGUAUACUCAUACGGUGGAAUGAGGAAGGAUUGUACAGUAGCUGAGAAGAAUACUCGAGCAUUACCAAUAACUGACAAAGAGAUAUUUUUUCAACUACUGUAUUUCGAUUUGUAAAAUUUGAAAUUAAUUUUCAACAGCAGUAUCUUAAAUAAAGAUCUAACAAAAUCAAAAA